AUGGGGACUGCAGCGGCGGCAGCGGCGGCGGCGGCCGGGGAGGGGGCGCGCAGCCCGAGCCCCGCCGCGGUGUCGCUCGGCCUGGGCGUGGCCGUCGUGUCAAGCCUGGUGAACGGGUCCACGUUUGUGCUGCAAAAAAAGGGCAUUGUGCGCGCGAAACGCCGAGGUACCUCUUAUUUAACAGACAUCGUGUGGUGGGCUGGCACAAUUGCAAUGGCUGUUGGCCAGAUUGGAAACUUCCUGGCUUACACGGCAGUCCCCACGGUCCUGGUGACUCCCCUGGGUGCGCUUGGAGUGCCAUUCGGGUCCAUUUUAGCUUCUUAUCUUCUGAAGGAAAAACUCAACAUCCUGGGCAAGUUGGGGUGUCUGCUGAGCUGUGCAGGUUCUGUCGUGCUGAUUAUCCACUCCCCAAAGUCUGAGAGUGUGACUACGCAGGCUGAGCUGGAGGAGAAGCUGACGAAUCCAGUCUUUGUGGGCUACCUGUGCAUCGUGCUGCUCAUGUUGCUGCUGCUCAUCUUUUGGAUUGCCCCAGCCCAUGGGCCCACCAACAUCAUGGUCUACAUCAGCAUCUGCUCCUUGCUGGGGAGUUUCACCGUGCCUUCCACCAAGGGCAUUGGGCUGGCAGCCCAAGACAUCUUGCACAACAACCCAUCUAGUCAGAGAGCCCUGUGCUUGUGCCUGGUGCUCCUGGCUGUGCUGGGCUGCAGCAUCAUCGUCCAAUUCAGGUACAUCAACAAGGCUCUGGAGUGCUUCGACUCCUCCGUGUUCGGGGCCAUCUACUAUGUGGUGUUCACCACACUUGUCCUGCUGGCUUCAGCCAUCCUCUUCCGGGAGUGGAGCAACGUGGGUCUGGUGGACUUCUUGGGCAUGGCCUGUGGAUUCACGACGGUCUCCGUGGGGAUUGUCCUCAUACAGGUGUUCAAAGAGUUCAAUUUCAAUCUUGGGGAAAUGAACAAAUCCAAUAUGAAAACAGACUAGGAUGCAACCAGGGGUUGGGGGCUUGAGGAACAGGCCUCAAAGGUGGUCUCUGGUCCUGAUUGGAUGUGAAGUAGAAGAGACCCUCAAUCCCUGAUGUGAGAGUUGCCUGUGUACUAAUGGGUGGUCGAGUGGACAGUGGGGAGCCUGGCUCAGCAGCAGAGCAGGGGCCCAGCCCUCUGUAGCCUGAUGCUCCCAGUGGUUGCCUGGGCAUCAUCUCUCUCUGAUGAGACGAAUCUCAUUUUCAUUUCCAUUAACCUGGAAGCUUUCAUGACUACUCUUUCCUUUUAAAACAUUUUAACAUGAUUUAAUGAGUAAAUAAAGAUGGGCUCUUUCUGGUUAGUCUUUGCAGGAGAGCAGAUGUUCUUAAUUAGAAGAUUACUCUGGAAAUGAGAAAAAUUCUUGUCUUGAAAUCUGGCUCUGUACAGUAAAUGUGACUGUUGUUGUGUUAGUUUGCAUUGAGCAUGUAUAACAUUCAGGUACCUCAUUCACAUAAGAGGUAUAUACAUUGAAUUGUUUUUAAUUCUCUAACAAAUAGGCUCUCUCCUGCACCCACCCAAGACAUUUUAAUAGCAAAUAGAGAGAGAACAGUUAAUGAAUGUGAUGCAGUGUUCCAUUGGCAGGAUGACCUUUCAAUAGCUCAAAUCAAUUUCAGUGCCUUUAUCACUUGAAUUAUUCACUUAAUUUGACUAUUACUGUAUAUUCUCUUAAAUUAGAAUAAUGCCACUUCCUUGGUUAUACCUUAACAUUUCAAUGUUCAAAUUAUAAAUAAUUGUAAAGCAAUUAGA